GGUCUCGGAGGAGAGCCUCAGGGAUGAACGUCCUGACCCAGCAGAACAGCUCCUCUAACCCAGCAGAAUAGUACCCUGACCCAGCAGAACAGCUCCUCUAACCCAGCAGAAGAGUACCCUGACCCAGCAGAACAGCUCCUCUAACCCAGCAGAACACUUCUAACCCAGCAGAACAGCUCCUCUAACCCAGCAGAACAGUACCCUGACCUAGCAGAACAGUGCCUCUAACCCAGCAGAACAGUACUCAGACCCAGCAGAACAACCCUUAACCCAGCAGAACAGCCUCUCUAACCCAGCAGGACAGUGCUUUUAACCCAGCAGAACAGCCUCUGUAACCCAGCGGAACAGCGCCCGCCCCUCCUCCCCCCCUUACUCCCUGACGCCCCCCCCCCUCCCCAUCGCCAUGUCGGCCGCCAACACGCCCACAAGCAACGACGCCUGCCUGAGCAUCGUGCACAGCCUGAUGUGCCACCGGCAGGGCGGGGAGAGCGAGACCUUCGCCAAGCGCGCCAUCGAGAGCCUGGUGAAGAAGCUGAAGGAGAAGAAGGACGAGCUGGACUCGCUCAUCACCGCCAUCACCACCAACGGGGCGCACCCCAGCAAGUGCGUCACCAUCCAGCGCACCCUGGACGGCCGGCUGCAGGUGGCCGGGCGGAAGGGCUUCCCCCACGUGAUCUACGCGCGGCUGUGGCGGUGGCCCGACCUGCACAAGAACGAGCUGAAGCACGUCAAGUACUGCCAGUUCGCCUUCGACCUGAAGUGCGACAGCGUGUGCGUGAACCCCUACCACUACGAGAGGGUGGUGUCCCCUGGGAUUGAUUUGUCUGGACUGACACUGACCAGCUCUGGCGCCGGACUGAUGGUGAAGGACGAGUACGAUGACCCAUCUGCCACGCCCGGCAUGGAGGCCCACUCUGUGCAGACCAUCCAGCACCCCCCCGGCAGCUGGGCCUCGCCCUCGGAGAGCUUUGGCGGCUCCGCCCUGCUGGCCCCCACCGACGCCAGUGGCUCCGCCCCCUCCUCCGCCUUCCCCAGCGUCGCCGCCGCGUCUGCAACCCAGUCCAGCCUGCUGUCUGGGACGCACGGCGAGGGGCUGCUGCAAAUGGCCUCUGGGACGGGACAGGGCGCGCAGCAGAACGCCUUCCCCCCCGCCCCGCCCGCCACAUACCACCACAAUGCCACCUCCGCCUGGCCCAGGAACAGCAGCUUCCCGCCCAGCAUGCCGCACCACCAGAACGGGCACCUGCAGCACCACCCGCCCAUGCCCCACCCGCACUACUGUGAGUACCACCCGCCCAUGCCCCACCCGCACUACUCUCCAGAUUACUGGUGCUCCAUUGCCUACUUUGAGAUGGACGUGCAGGUGGGGGAGACGUUCAAGGUGCCCUCCACCUGUCCCGUGGUGACGGUGGACGGGUACGUGGACCCCUCCGGGGGCGACCGCUUCUGCCUGGGCCAGCUGAGCAACGUGCACCGGACGGAGGCCAUCGAGAGGGCCAGGUUGCACAUCGGAAAGGGGGUACAGCUGGAGUGCAAGGGCGAAGGGGACGUUUGGGUGCGUUGCCUUAGCGACCACGCCGUCUUCGUGCAGAGCUACUACCUGGACCGGGAGGCGGGGCGAGCUCCCGGAGACGCCGUGCACAAGAUCUACCCCAGCGCCUACAUCAAGGUGUUCGACCUGCGCCAGUGCCACCGGCAGAUGCAGCAGCAGGCGGCCACCGCGCAGGCAGCGGCCGCCGCUCAGGCCGCCGCGGUCGCCGGGAACAUCCCGGGCCCCGGGUCCGUCGGAGGCAUCGCCCCCGCCAUCAGCCUCUCGGCGGCGGCGGGCAUCGGCGUGGACGACCUGCGCAGACUCUGCAUCCUGCGCAUGAGCUUCGUGAAGGGCUGGGGGCCCGAUUACCCCCGGCAGAGCAUCAAGGAGACGCCCUGCUGGAUCGAGAUCCACCUGCACCGCGCCCUGCAGCUGCUGGACGAGGUGCUGCACACCAUGCCCAUCGCCGACCCCCAGCCGCUGGACUGAGCCUGCGGGGGCGGGGGC